AUGGCGUCCUGCCCCAUCCCGCGGAGGGAGACAGUGUUCCAGCUGGGAGCCCAUGCCUACAGGAGCCUCGCUCUGCUCUACCUGCCUCAGCAGAAGACCCUGCUGGCCUUUGCGGAAGAGCGGACAGGCAAGGAGGAUGAGCACGCAAAGCUAACUGUCCUGCGCGAGGGAAGCUACGACGCGCGCACCCACCAGGUCCGGUUGCAUGCACAGGAGGCGGUGGCCCAAGCCCAGAGGGAGGGCCACCGCUCCAUGCACCCAAGCCCCCUGUACGACGAGAACACGGGGACCGUUUUCCUCUUCUUCACUGCCGUCCCUGGGCAGGUGUCAGAGCACCAGCAGCUCCACGCCAGGGUCAACGAGACACGGCUGUGCCAGGUCACCAGCACCGACCACGGGAGGUCCUGGAGCCCCGUCAGGGACCUCACGGACUCCGCCAUUGGCCCGGCCCACGGGGACUGGGCCACUUUCGCGGUGGGCCCGGGACGCUGUCUGCAGCUGCACAACCCGAUGCAGAGCCUGGUGGGGCCAGCCUACGCUUACUGCAACCGCCCCUCUCUGCAGGCGCCUACCCCUUCCGCCUUCUGCCUGGUCAGCCACGACCACGGGAACACGUGGGCGAGAGGGAAAUUCGUGGCCCGGGACACCCUGGAGUGCCAGGUGGCCCAAGUUGGGGAUGCAGAACGGAGGGUUGUGUACCUGAACGCGAGAAGCCCCCGCCGAGCCAGGGUCCAGGUCCAGAGCGCCAGCGACGGGCUCGAUUUCGGGGAGAGCCAGCCAGUGAAGAAGCUCGUGGAGCCUCCCCACGGCUGCCAAGGGAGCUUCGUUGGCUUCCCCAGCCCCCGUGCAGGAUCAGAAUCCCCAGACCGGUGGCUGCUCUACACGCACCCGACUGACCCACGGGGGAGAGCCAACCUGGGCGUGUACCUCAAUUGACAGCGCCCCGCGCCCUAGGCCUGGUCGGAGCCCACCGCCGGCCCCGGCGCUUACUCAGACCUGCAGAGAAUGGGCGCCGGCCCCAAUGGGUCACCGCAGUUUGGGUGUCUGUACGAAUCGGAUGGUUACAAGGAGAUCGUCUUCGUCAUGUUCACCCUGAAACAGGCCUUCCCAGCUGAAUUUUUGCCGCAGGGAGCCCGCUGUGCACUGCCCAAGAGGGGUCGCCCCACUGAGAGGCUGGCGGUUUCCUUCCUCCCGGUAUUCAUCUCAGAGCAGCUAGUGCCCACCUCAGAUCUGUGCAGCUCCCCUGUGCGGCCCCUCUGUCUGCACGCCACCUUCAACUGCAGCCUCUGGAACAGCGACUGUGGCCUAGACUCCUGGGGCCUGGGGGACCAGCUCUGGGAAGCCACUGAGGAAGGGAUUCUGAGGCUGGGGAGCUGGUAUGGCUGCCGACAUACCUGCCCCUGGGGAGGAGGCACCCAGGCCCUGACAAAGCACCCGUGGUCCACCCCUGACCCUGGCUCAACAAACCCCCUUCGUCUGUCACAAAUCCUUGCGCUGAACCACAACAUCUACGGGCCCUUGGCAGGGACCAGCUCUUCAUGUUGA